AUGAAAAAUAAAGCAUUAACUGAAUCUUUUAUUUCCUCUGAAAGGAUUCCUCAUAACUCAAUCAAGCUGCAGCUAUUAAAGUACUAAAUAUUUAGAACUGCUUAUACACACCAAAAUGCUUUAAGACCUCACUUUGAAAAAAUCAAAAAAAGUCGAAAAUUAUUCCAGGUCCAAAAAGAGAUCAACAUUGAUGGCUUAUUUGGGAAGCUGAAAGAAAACUUGAAGGUAAGGGUAGGAAUUGACUCUCCAGUGGCUAUUACAAAAUUAGAAGCAAUGAAGAAAAGGAAAGAAAAUCGUGGAAAAAAGGGAUUUGUUAGUCAGUCUAUGGAUAUCCCAAUUAAUACAAUUUCAAGCUGCAGUCCUUCAUCUCCAGAGCAUAUACUUAAAAGCCGCUAUAACUUGGAAAUAAACAAUCUUCGAAAAAGAACUAUCAGCCCAGUUAAAGUAAAAAUUUCUAACUUUCCAAUAAAAAUAUUAUUAUAAUAAUCUUUUUUACCUUAAAAUCAUGAAAUUCAUAAUAAAAUGCAUAAAAUUGGGAUAAGAAAGACAUAAUCAUUCCUGUAAAAGUGCCAUCUCCAUUUACACUCAAAGAAAUAACUCCUUAUGAGCUUAAAGAAAUAACCAUUGACGACCGCGCCUUCACCAUAACUGAAGAGCAAACCAAAGAUUUGCAGCAUACAGACACAUUUUCAGCAAAUAGAGAAUGCAAAUCUCGGGCAAGUCCAGGAAAACUAGAUACUUUAAUGGGCACCCACAAGCCUCAAAACAGCGAUUUUUCUUUAAAUGGAAAAUUAAUCCCGACUACCCCUCUUUCAACUACAAGAAGAACAAAUUCUACAAGCUCGACCCCAAAAGUGGCUGCGAUUUCCCAAAGACCAUUAUCUCAAGGAAACUACCCAAGAAAGCCAAACCUUCGGACAUAUUCAGCUAUUGACGAAAGAAUUACCUUCCGGCUCAGCGAAGAAGAAAAUUCAGUUUCGUCAACCCCUUUUGAGCCAAAAGAAACCAAAAUUCUAAGUAGCCAUAAAACGUCUCCUGAGCUCUCUGUAAGUUCUUAUGCGAGCUUAAUAAAGCUUGAAGAUGUCGAUAUAAAGAGCAUUUACUGUAAUACAAAAUCUACCCAUGAGUUUGACAAGGAAAUUCCAAUUUUCAAUCAGACCAUGCCAGAGCUGACACCAGAGAUUGAGGUUCCUCCUGUUGUUAAAGUCCAAGAAGAAGUCCAUACUGAGCAGUUUGACAGAAGGCUUGGAGGGGAUACCUGCCUUAAAGAAGAUCUGGUACCAGAGCGACUAUUUUCGUACCCAAAAAUAAAAGUCAUCACUAUCCUCAGGCCAGAAAAAGAACGCAAAGCAUUCAUAAGAGGUAGCGUCUGUAAAGGCCUCACAAUAAGGCCGACUGAAAGAAAGCAGCCCAGGUGCAUUCACAACAUAGCUCUCAGCAACUGUUAA